GUUUCAUACGGCUGGUAUAGCCGUUACAUACCGAUUUUCCAGUUUGACUGAAACAGAUCGUAUUGAUCAAAUUUCGAUGUACUGGCGAAAAUUUGAUGCACCGGUACACCGAAAUUUGGCCGGAACACUCAUGUCCAAAUAAAAAAAAAGAAGAAGAAAGAUUCCCUUUUUAAUUGCGAUUUCAUUGCAGAUUGCAGAUCUCUGUUGCUGUUCUCCACUUCUCCUCCUUCCUCACGAUUCACGAACCUCGUCCUGGACUCGUCGCCGGGGGGCUGUUCUCCACUUCUUCUCUGUUGCUGCCACUUCUUCCUCCUUCCAUUUCUGUUUCGCGAGCUUGGAGAGUCUCUUUCAGGCACCGAAACAAGGAAAUCAAAAGUCAUCGCCAUUCUCUGUCCCGUCCGCAUCCUUAGCCCGGUGAGGCCUUCCGAGAUCCUUUCUUCCCAAGUUUCCAGCAUCUUGUUGCUUAGCUUCUCUGGUACAUUAGCCUUUAUCUCUUCACCACUCUCAGCAGCCCAGCUCCGUCUUUUAGCCAUUUGAUCAGCACUUCCACUCUCCCCAAGCUUCACCUUCCCGGCGUCGUCAUUCAUUAACAGAUCCGAUCUAAGUUCUCCCCUUUGGCCUUGGCUUCUUCCAAUCGUGAACCAGAAAUGGCAAUCUCUGCUCAAGCUCCUGAUAUUCAAGGAGAGCGUCAAUCUGGCCAAGACGUUCGCACGCAGAACAGUACUUCCUCUCUGCAUCUCUUUCAUGUCUUGAUUGAUGGCAUGCCAAGCAGUUGCUAACAUCGUCAAAUCCUCACUAGGCCCUGUUGGACUCGACAAGAUGCUUGUUGAUGACAUUGGUGAUGUAACAAUUACUAAUGAUGGUGCUACGAUUCUCAAGAUGUUAGAAGUGGAGCAUCCAGCUGCCAAGGUGCUAGUAGAGUUGGCUGAGCUUCAAGACCGAGAAGUUGGUGAUGGUACAUCAGUUGUAAUUGUAGCUGCAGAAUUGCUGAAGAGAGCAAAUGAUCUGGUGAGAAAUAAAAUUCAUCCAACAUCUAUUAUCAGUGGGUACAGACUAGCUAUGAGGGAAGCAUGCAAAUAUGUCGAUGAGAAAUUGGCAGUGAAGGUUGAGAAGCUUGGAAAGGAUUCUCUGAUAAACUGUGCCAAGACCAGCAUGUCCUCAAAGCUGAUAUCUGGUGACAGUGACUUCUUUGCUAGUCUGGUUGUAGAUGCAGUUCAAGCAGUGAAGAUGACCAAUGCAUGAGGGGAAAUCAAGUAUCCAAUCAAGGUAGACUGUUAUG